AUGACAGGUGUUGGCGAGGAGGUUCAAGGAACCAUCUUCCCAGCUCCAAAUUUCAAUCCCAUAAUGGAUGCCCAAAUGCUAGGGGGAGCACUCCAAGGAUUUGGCUGUGACAAAGACAUGCUGAUCGACAUUCUAACUCAACGCUGUAAUGCACAAAGGCUGAUGAUUGCGGACGCAUACCAGAGCAUGUAUGGCCGGGACCUAAUUGGUGACCUGAAGGAGAAGCUUUCAGAUCACUUCAAAGACGUCAUGGUUGGCCUCAUGUACCCACCACCAUCUUAUGAUGCUCAUGAACUCUGGCAUGCCAUGAAGGGAGCAGGCACUGAAGAAAAUUGUCUCAUUGAUAUUUUAGCUUCAAGAACAAAUGGAGAAAUUUUCCAAAUGCGAGAAGCCUACUGUUUGCAAUACAGCAACAACCUUCAAGAAGACAUUUACUCAGAAACCUCAGGACACUUCAGAGAUACACUCAUGAAUCUGGCCCAGGGAACCAGAGAGGAAGGAUAUACAGACCCUGCUAUGGCUGCUCAGGAUGCAAUGGUCCUGUGGGAAGCCUGUCAGCAGAAGACAGGGGAACACAAAACCAUGCUGCAAAUGGUCCUGUGCAACAAAAGCUAUCAACAACUGUGGCUUGUUUUCCAGGAAUUUCAAAAUAUUUCUGGGCAAGACAUAGUAGAUGCCAUUAAUGAAUGCUAUGAUGGAUACUUCCAAGAGUUGCUAGUUGCAAUUGUUCUCUGUAUUCGAGAUAAACCAGCCUAUUUUGCUUAUAGACUAUAUAGUGCAAUCCAUGACUUCGGUUUCCAUAAUAAAACUGUAAUCAGGAUUCUAAUCGCCAGAAGUGAAAUAGAUCUGAUGACCAUCAGGAAACGAUACAAAGAGAGAUAUGGAAAAUCGCUGUUUCAUGACAUCAAAAAUUUUGCUUCAGGGCAUUAUGAAAAAUCUCUGCUUGCCAUCUGUGCUGGUGAUGCUGAAGACUACUGA